UACUGCGCGUGCGCGUGGCUGCGAGGAGACCUCGGGGUGAGCCGACUCCUCUGCAGCUUCUUGUUCAGAUUGAACUCAUAACGGAGUGAAAAAAGAGGAAAUGAGUGUUUCCGCGGUGGCCUCGAGUUGAACAGCGCGGAGGAUCCGCAGCGAGGCGCGAUGAGGGACCGACUGUGUGAGCUGGAGGCCUUCCCCUCCACGCCCUCCGGAGAGGAGCUCACGCUCCAGGAGAACCUCAACCCCACCGACGAGGGCGAGGAACUGGAGCAGCACGCCGUCGUGUUCGAGGGAGAGGACGUGAUGGACGACAUCUACAAAAGUGCCCAGGCCAUGAGGAAGGAGAUGCAGCUGCUCAAGCUGGACGUGAAGCGCCUGGGGAAGCAGAACACCAGGUUCCUCACGUCCGUCCGCAGGAUCAGCAGCAUCAAGCGGGACUCCAACGCGCUCGGGCGGGAUAUCAAGGCCAGAGCGGACGCCAUUUACGCUCGCCUGGAGAAGCUGAGGAAGCUGAGCGGGGAGCUGGAGGAGGAGCACGGCCCCGCGUCCGCCGUGGCUCGCAUGGUGCGCUCCCAGUGCGUGUCUCUGACCGGCGCCUUCCACGACGCCGUGUCCGAGUACAACGAUGCGGAGAUGAUCCAGAGGGAGAACUGCAAGACCCGCAUCCAGAGGCAAGCGGAGAUCAUGGGCAAGGAGGUGAGCAGGGAGCAGAUCGACGAGAUGAUCGAGACGGGCAAGUGGAACGUCUUCUCGGGUAAUCUCCUCCUGGAGGGGCGGACCGCCAGAUCGGCCCUCAACGAGAUGGAGACCCGGCACAAGGAGCUGCUGGAGCUGGAGGGCCGCAUCAGGGACAUCCACGAGCUCUUCUUCCAGAUGGCCCAGCUGGUGGAGGAGCAGGGCUGCAUGCUGGACAACAUCGAAGCCAACGUGGGUGCGACUCAGGACUACGUCGUCAAGGCCACGGUUCAGAUCACGAGGGCCGUGAAGUACAAGAAGAACAACCCGUGCAAGAAGCUCUUUUGUUGUUGCUUCCCGUGCUGCUAACGAGGCGGCGUUCCCAUCAGAUUCAAAUCGAGCUAGUGGGUCUUAAAACUAAAAUGUUUGUGUAUUUAUUGAACUCCAAUGGACUCCACACUGUUCUGAGACUACAUUUCAAACCACACGAACAAAUGCAAAUACACAAUGAGACAUUUCCUGAUGUAGUUACCGAGCGGAAUGUUUUUGCACGAUGAUGCAUAAUUUAAUGCGUAACCCCCCCCCGUUGUAUGAGAUAUAUUUAAUUCAUGUAAUAAAUAUAGAUAUAGACUAGUUUGUUCUUUGGCAGCCUGAAUGUGGCUACAACAGUACGUUGGUGUGUGUCAUUGCUCAACGAGCACCUUAAGAAACUAACAGCCUCCGGUUGUGGUUAGCUGUGGGAGGCGAGAGAGACGCGUCUGGAUUGUGCAACGACGAGGUGUCGGCCACCCCCGUGUAGAGUUAUCACCGGCUUAUGGGCCCGCAGGGCUUUUUGGGCUUCUCAAGACGCGUUGCUUCACAUGAAAGACAACUCUCUUUGUAACGCCUCUCCACUUUAUCAGAGAUUAAACUGCCUGGUGUGUUCCUCUGUAGCUUCACUGAUUUGUUUCCUGACUCGCAGUCGAUCGGAUUGUUUCCAAAACAAACAAAAAAGAGCAGCAGGAUCAAUGCGUGAGUGAGUGUUUGCUCUGGUGGUCAAUAGAGAACAGGGAAACUGUACUCUCUGUUUGCGCAGCAGGCCCAUCUGAUUGUUUGAGAGAUAGAAACGCUCCUGUGUGUGUGUGUGUGUGUGUGUGUGUGUGUGUGUGUGUGUGUGUGUGUGUGUGUGUGUGUGAGUGUGUGGCGGUGCAUCAUCAGUUACCAGCAGUAUAGACCGAAGCUCGGAGCCUCCAUACUGUCGACAUGUACCGACACCACCGUGGUGGGUCGUUGCUCAUCUUCUGGUCUGUGUUGAAAUGAGUCUCGGGGGCUGUAACGCGGUGGCACUUCCUCUGGUUAGCGGUGGGAAUAUUUACCAACGGCUGUGUCGUCAUGCAUUUUACUCAGAUCGACCUGAAAAUAUUCUCUUUUUUAUACAUAACGUCAGAUGUCAAUUGGUUCAUUAGGCCAUUAAUUAACCUCUAAAGUCGUUUUUACAAUGUAAAAAUGAAGAUGUACACAUCUGUAAUGUUAUUUUGUAUAUUUUAUCCAUAAAAAAACACUUGCAACCA